AUGUUCUUAUCAAAUUUACAUUCAUUAGUGCUUAAUCUUGCUGAAUAUGUGCAAAAUUUAAAUGAUAUUUUUUCUAAUAUAUUUCGUUUACCAAAAUUAAAAUAUGGCAAAAUUACAUAUCGAAUCAGAAUCGAUCAGGAUUUAUCAAGUGGUUAUUUUAGUAGAUUUCAUUGUAUUCCAAUUGAAACUCUUAUUUUUAAUGGUCCUUUUUCAAAUGAUUCAUUGAAUAAUUUAUUAUAUCAUUUUCCAAAACUUCAUCAUUUAUCAAUUAAUUACCUUGCUGCUUCUCGUGACGAAAAUAGUGAAACACAUGCUACUUCAUUAUUAAAACAUUUAAAAUAUGUUUCACUUAAACUUUAUUUAAUUGCAUUUAAUAAAUUCGAACAAAUUGUACAAACAUUUUUUGGUGAUAUUGAAGUUUUACGGAUUUCAACACAAUAUGAUACAGCAUAUUUAGAUGCAAAACGAUGGGAACAUUUAAUAACAUCUUAUAUGCCGAAUUUACGUAUUUUUGAUAUACAUCAUGAUGGUGGUGUACAACGUAAUCAAUUAACCUAUCAUGAUUUAAUUAAUCAAUUUAGAUCAUCCUUUUGGAUUGAACGAGAUUGGUUUUUUGCACAUCAACAUGAUUGGCUUAAACGGUUACACAGUGGAGUUUUUUAUUCAACUGAACCAUAUAGACGAAAAGAUUUUACAUUUUAUUGGCAAUUAGAUAAACAAAUUUGUCAAUCUGCUCAAGAAACAAAUUUAAAUUCAGUUAAACAUGUAUAUAUUUGUAGUACAAAAGCAAAUAAGAAUCCAGCCCAUUAUUUUCCAAAUGCUACGGAAUUAACAAUUAAACAUUGUCUUGAAAAACUUGAUGAUUUAUUGGUACAAACACUAAAUAGAAUUGUUCCCUUACGUCAACUUACCAGAUUAAUUAUUAAAGAUUUUCAUAUUAAUUUUGAUCAAUUUAUUCAUGUAUGA